AUGAGUCAAGUGUGGGAUACGUUCUCCAAAGAUGAAUGUGGCCGUAGAGCUACAUGCACUAUUUGCAAUAAAAGCAUAUCAAAUGCAGGGACGAACACCACUAACUUGUGGAAUCAUUUGAAGGGUCUUCAUAAGGCAAAAUUCAACGAAUUAGAUCGGUUAAAAAGAGGAGUGCAAAAUAUAUUUGAUACGUCUGAAUUUGAAGACACAGGAACACUUUCAUCAACAGCUUCAACAUUAAUAGCGUCAACGUCAUCAACUUAUAGUUCAAUGACAUCUCAAGUGUUACCAGCUUUAGAACCUCUUUCUGAUACAAUCUUUAAUAAACAAACUUCAAUGAAAAUGUUUACCACUAGUCAAGCUACUAAAUUAAAAUUGGACAAAAUACUUGCCUAUACUAUAGCAAUUGAUAUGAUGCCAUAUAAUGUCGUUGAUAGGGAAGGGUUCCAGCUUUAUACACGAGCUUUGUGUCCUAGUUAUAAAUUGCCAAGUAGGAGGACAUUGACAGAUAGAAGAAUACCAGAUUUGUAUAAAGAAACCAAAAUGGUAGUUGAGAAUAUAUUAACAAAUCUGUCAUGCUUUUCACUUACCACUGAUUGUUGGACAUCGGUAUCAAACAAACCUUUUAUGGCUGUAACAUGCCAUUAUUUGAAUGCCGAAUUUAAAUUGGAUAAUGUUUGUUUGGGGUGUCAAGAAUUAAUAGAAAAUCAUACAAGUGAAAAUUUAUCUGAUGCAUUGCAAUUAAUGUUACUGGAGUAUAAUAAAGAUAUUGACAUAUGUAUUGGAGCAAUUACAACUGACUAUGGAGCUAAUAUAUUGAAAGCUGUUAAAAACCUUGAUGUUCCUCAUAUACCUUGCUUUGGCCACAGUUUUAAUACUGCAGUUAAAAAUGUUUUUAAAUUAAAACAAGUGAAUACUGCUAUAGAGAAAAUAAAAUCAAUCCAAAAUAUAUUUGCCUACAGUUGGAAAUCAGUUCGAGAGAAGGCCAUUGAACAAAAAAGAUUUGAUUUGAAACAAGUGAAAUUUCCAUCAUAUUCCAAGACCAGGUGGUGGUCUAUGUUGGAUCUUAUUUUGGUUGUUCUGUCUCAAGAACCGGCUUUAGCAUCAUUUUUAAGGACUUAUAAUAAUGGUUGUUUUAAAGAUCGAAUGAUUAAUGAACAAGAUGUGACAAUUCUUAAAACACUGACGUGCUUCAGCCUAUUAGAAAUAUAUCUGAUAACCUUGCAGGGGAAUCAUACGUUACAGCUUCGGCGAUACUUCCUGUCAUUAGUAUGA